AUGCCUAACAAGAUGUCUCUCGAGAAAGAAGCCGCCCUGCGCGCGCUCGGUGCGGAAGUGGUGCGCACCCCGACGGAGGCAGCGUGGGAUGCGCCCGAGUCGCACAUAGGCGUCGCGCGGAAGCUGCAGCGUGAGAUUCCGGGAGGGAUCAUCCUUGACCAGUAUGCUAAUGUGAACAACCCACUCGCACACGAACAUACGACGGGCCCCGAAAUCAUCGAGGCGGUGACAUUGACGCCUGCGACAGCGGCCCAGCCGUCUUCAGGCAAGGUGGACGUCGUGGUAGCGGGUGCGGGGACUGGGGGAACUAUUACAGGUAUCUCUCGAGCUAUCAAGAAGAAACAUAACAAGGAGUGCAUUGUGGUUGGAGUGGAUCCCAAAGGAAGUAUUUUGGCCCUGCCGGAAUCUCUCAACACUGCCGACGCUGGCGCUUCAUACAUCGUAGAAGGCAUCGGGUACGAUUUCGUGCCGGACGUUCUGUCACGAGUGGAAAUGGACCAUUGGAUCAAGACGUCGGAUGAAGAGGCAUUCGAGGCAGUGCGAAAGCUGAUGCGGAUGGAGGGUCUCCUUGUCGGUGGAAGCAGCGGUAGUUCACUGAGCGGUGCGUUGCGAUGGCUUAGCAGCAACGAGGUGGGCAAGCGGAUCGCGAAGACCAAAGGGGCGAAUGUAGUUGUGCUGCUGCCGGACGGUAUCAGGAAUUAUAUGAGCAAGCCUUGGUUCUUGAAGAUGGCGCUGGAAGCGGAGCCGAGUGUCUUGGCGAAGAAGAUCGCAAGUGUCUUGCGCCCCAGCAAGGAGCCUAGCGCGAAUGGAAUCCAGAUGAACAGCGUCGACACGGUUGCAAAUGGGAUUGCUGUCCGCACAGGAGAUGCUCCGAAUAGGCCCAAUGCGCUUGAUGAAAGUUCCGGCCGGGGUUGA